AUGUCGGCUCAAGAUGAACGUAAUGACAUUAUAUUGGAGUGUAUACCAACGCUGGUGAAACUACUAACAGGAUUCGAGGACGAUGACGUUAAUACCGAACAUUGUAUCCAUUUUGCAUGGAAUAUAAUAAGGAAUCAUCGAAACCUCAGCACAAACAGUCAUGAUGUUCGGCGUAAAAUCGAAGGCAUACAGGAACGAUUUCAUGUUGAAAAUUGUUCCGAAUAUGCCGACUACUUAGGACGUUUGUGUGAUGAAGUUGUACGGCAUCCCUUAUGUGUUGAUCACUAUGAAGUGGAUGUCCAUUGGUCUUUGUUGGAUUUCCUCUUUGAAUUGGCCUAUAAUCCCACAGUUGCCUUGAAGAAGAACAAACAUAAAAUUGAAAUAAAACCAGCAGUGUCGGAAGAAGUUGAAAGUGUUAAAGACAAUGAGAAAGCCUAUUGGUUGAAUAAGCUGAAAGAAGAUUUUAUACCAGUUCCUACAUAUGAUACCAGUGAAUCGGAUUUAAGUGAUUGGAGUGAUGAUGAUGAGGAGGAUAUUACCGUAAAUACCACAGCAGAUGCCACAGCUGCCAUUGAAAACUUAUCAAUUGCAGAACAAAAGCCUCCAGUAUAUAUAGCUCCAUCAGUUGUCCAUGAACUGAGACCACCACAAAAGUCCUUGCCUUAUAAGAUAUUUGAUUCAUCAGAUGCUGAGAAAAAGCUUGAUGAAAAAAUACAACAUUCGUGGUGGAACAUAGCAAAGGGAGAACAUCACAAUGCCAUUAUAGAAAGUAAUCAUCCCCUGUCCAACUUUGCAUUGGACUAUAGCCGUUUUCUAAGUGAUACUUCUAAUAAUCUGAUACGCUUUGAAGAGCCUAACACCAUUGCCGAACAACAUGUUUUACGUGAAAUCUUAUGGACAUUUCAGAGACCAACAAAUUCCGCUGUUUUCAUGCUGGAUGCAAAUAAGCAGUUAAGCUUAAGGCCAAAUGUCACAAUACCAAGUUGUGGAGUGAAUGCCUUUCAGACCUAUCUGGAGAAUCAAUAUUUGCCCUAUCUUAAAAUGAUGAAUGUCUUGAGGCAAUUCCACAAGGCAAUUUAUUGCUGUGAAGAUCGUUUACCACCACGCACCCUGGAGUGUUAUGCCGCCAAUUUACAUUUGCAUUUGAAACCGGUAUGGCAAACAAUUCUGGACUAUGAAAAACGCCUAAGGGAACCCAAAGAUUUUGAAGUGAAUACCCUGGUUACCAUGCGAUCCUAUUUGGAUGAAUCUUUGCGUCACUUGCAAUCCCUGUAUGAGUUACACGAAAAGGUGUUUCUUGAUUGGCGUCAACAUCCUGCCCACAUAACCAGUGCUUUCCUUUUAUCCAGUCUUAUGAACUGUUACCAAACGGAGAGUAGUGUGGCCAAGGGAAACCUAUUUAUGUCCCUGUUAUUGUCUAGUAUCAAAGUAUUUUGCGAUAUCAUUGACACUUGGUGGACAGAUGGGCGCCUAGAUGAUUGGCAACAGGAAUAUAUUGUGGAAAGGAUUAGCAAUAGCGACCAAUCGGUGUGCAUGCGAGAGUAUCGCAAAAACAAAAGCAAAGCCUUCUUUGUCCCCACCCAUGUUAGCAAGGUAAUUGAAAAUAACAGUUUAUUCCAAUUGAUGCGUGAACAUUCGCUGGAAGCGGGUAGAACACUAAAUUUGUUAUAUGAAAUAAAUCGAAUUGGGGAUUUGCGUAAAAACUGCGACGCCAUGGGUGGAAAGCUGUAUAAUGUCUUCAUAGAAGAUUUUCUAAAACAAGUUGGGAUUUUGCAAAAUGAAGUGGCACAGGCAUCCGGUGAAAUGGAUGUUGCAAAUGACACAGAACCCAAUGAUAGUGGAUUUUAUAAUGAAGCGCCCAACAAUUCCACAAAUAAUGGGGAAAAGAAAACACAGUCUCUGCUUGAUUGCUUAACAACAACCGAUAGUUAUUUGAUUAUGGCAUUUGCUUUAAAUAUCCGUGAAGAACACCUUGUUGAAGAAGAGGAAGAUGAAGCCAACCCAUGCAAUGUAAAGAAGGAAGAGAAGGAGAUUAAUGCUUCCUCUAUUUAUGAGUCACUAAAGAAGAAGGCUAAUAAAAAUAUUUUACCUCUGGAGGAGUUACUGAUAUCAACAUUGAGUCACAUAUUCAAAAUGCGUAUUGCCUUUGCAAAUAGUUUUGUUUUGAAAUUGUAUAGAGAAGAGUUUAUGAUUUUAAAACAUUUAAGGAAUAUACGUAAAGUUAUGCUAUUGGAAGCCAGUGAUGCCAUGCACAUCUUCUACAGUAAAUUGUUUAGUCAGAUUGAAUCUGGUGAAUCUUGGGCAAAUCGUUCCCUGCUCACCAUGCAAUUGGAUGAUAUCAUUUGUUCCAAAUAUCCCGAUAUGUCUCUGCUAUUCUGUUUGGAGGUAAAUUCUGCAUUUCGUUGUCAAACCACCAAAGUUAUUGAGGCCGUGGAGGAGUUAAUUGUCACCUACAACUUUACAAGGGAACUGUCGCACAUCAUAUCGCCAGAGGACAUUAAGGCCUAUAAUAAAGUGUUCUGUUUCCUGCUAAAAGUCAAAUGGGGUAUAACAACAUUGGAAAAACUGCAAUUUGCACGUUCCCACAAGAGGAGAAUUCCCUAUGCACGAUUUGAAAUGAUAGACCUAAUAAUGAGACGUUUGGAACAGUUACGUUUUUGGAUGAUCUAUGCCAUACAAAGUGUACAUUUCCAUUUAAUGACUCACGUUCUACAGUCAAUGGGCGAACAACUGGAUGAGAAAAUUGAAAAAUGUGAAAAUUUCCAAGAAAUGGAAAUGGUCCAUAAAUCGUAUUUGAGUACAGUGUGUGAACAUUGUUUCCUAACGGAUAAUGUCAAUACCAUUAAAGUGGGUGUGGAACAACUGUUAAGUCUUGUAUCCAUAUUAAGGGCCGAAUGGUUGGCUUGUGUGAAAUUUAUUGAAAGCAAUAAUCCUUUGGCCAUAUCAUUGGACGACAGCGCCAGUGAAGAUACUGACACCGAUUUUGUUAGUAAUUCACAAAUCGAUGCCAUGGAAUAUACCUACAUCUGUUGCCAUCAGUACUUGGCCAAUAUAUUGAAUGAUCAGGUGUAUUUAAAGAAAAAUACAUUUUUGUCUGGCUUAAGAGCUGCAUUCAAUACCAGUCUACCGCACUAACAUUUGUUAUAAAUUAUUUAUUU